AUGGAAAAUUUUGGUAGAUAUAAUUUGUGCUGUAAUCUUCGACAAUUGGAAGACCAUAGAGUGAAAAAUGGUCUCCGACGAGCUUCUAUUACACAUCAAAUUACACAUAACUUAAGUACAUCUUGUAGAAAAGCACACGAUUUGCAAAAUACUGCAUCUAAUUCUGUUCCUAAGGUUGAUGACAAUUUUGAAGAAGAAUUGGAAGAUGCUCGUACUAAAAGUACUUUUUCAUCAAUUUCAACUAUUCUAUCUGGACCAGUGCUACCUGUUGUUUAUGACGCAUUCGCUUUGUUGAAUCAAUCACCAAUUAUCAAGAAACACGUUGACAAUCAAACUUACUUAGAAAGCAAAGUCAAAAAAGUUUAUAAUGGCUUAAAUACCACUGUAGGAGUCAUAAAACCGUCUGAUGAUGAAACAAAUUCACAAAAUUUCUUAGAAUUGCUCGAAAAAUUGAAAACUAAAUUUAACGAUAGUAAUACGCAACGAUCUGAAAAAUCCAAAUUCUUACUCUUUUGCCUGAAACGUGGGGCUUAUCUCGAGUAUGCGAAACAAUGUGUUGUACCAUAUACAUAG